AAAAUGGCACAAGACACAAACCCAAGUGGAAAUGGGAAAAUUGUAAACAAAAACAGUUUUAUUUUGAAUUUCUCAAUAACUUGAAUACUGAUUACUGAAUUAUUAGAAUGAUGAUAGUGAAUCGAGUAGUGAAUAAAGCAUUGUGCUGUUGGGGGUUGCUUUUCAAAUCAUCAGAAAUAUAGCAAUGACUUGCACCUCUUUCGAUUUCCCAACGAUAUCGAUAGUUCCAAACGAGGCAAUCUCAAGUAUGGCAGAUGAAAACUUGGAGACAGUCGCCAUAUCUUCUCCAUGUCCCAUGGAUAUUAUGAAUUCUUCAUCUGGCAGACUUUUUGAACCUCUCAUUAAACAAGAAGCAACUGACCCAUCUUCAGAGCCCAGAAUAAAAGUUGAGCAAUUAUCAAUAGAGCAUUUAGAUAUAAAGAAAGAGGAUGAAGUCGAUGAUACAGCCGAGAGUGAUUUAGAAACUGAUAUCGUUAUAAAAGAUGAGAAAGUUAAGAUUGAGAAACAGGAAUGCGAUGAAAUUCCUCUGUUUGAGGUGUGUGAUAAACGUGUUAAGACUGACGUAGAAGUAAACGAUCAAGAAGCCGAUAUUAAAGAAGAACCAGAGGAUGAAACAGAUAACAUCUACAUUUGUACUUCAUGCAAUGAAAUCUAUGAAAGCAAGGAAGAUUUGAUAAAUCAUAAAAAAGAGACAGCUGGCUGUCACGAACACAAGAUAUGUGACAAAUGUGAGGUGAAGUCUGAGAGUGGCUUCACAUGUGUCUGGGAGCUAGAAGACCAUCUGAAGACUGUUCACGGAGUGGAAAUCCAAGAUGAGAUCCAAGAGCUGCAAUUACAGAAAAACGAAGACGCCCUCAAGUCAUAUGGAACGAAGAAAUUGUAUCCAUGCCGUUUCUGUCCUAAAGUUCUAAAAAGAUCCUAUAUACGAAUAUGUCACGAGAGGAUCCAUACUGGCGAAAAACCGUAUCAGUGUUCAGUUUGUGGAAAAUCUUUCAUCAACACUUCCAACCUUCAUGAUCACGAAGCCAUUCAUUCAGGAGAGAGACGUUUUUCAUGCAGUUUUUGUGAAAAAACUUUCAUUUGCAGUAGCAACAGAAAAAGACACGAGAAAUCUCACGAGAAAGAAAAAUGUUUCAAGUGUCCUUUUUGUGAUGAUUUUUUUUCAUCAAGAAUUCUGCUCAAAGAACACAAAAAAACUCACUCUGAGACACCUUACGCCUGUCGUCUUUGUCCCAGAUUAUUCAGCAGCAAUUAUAGUCGGACCAGACAUGAGAAGGUUCAUUCAAGAAGCAAACCUUUGGAGUUGAAGAAAAUUCGCCAUUCAUUUUUAUCUACAGAGUUGAUAAAUGAAGAAUAUGAGAUGAAUGACACUGCUCAGAAACUGAAUUGUGCUUCAUGCGAUGUUUGUCUCAAGUCAUUCGCAUGUGAUGCCAAGUUACAGUUACAUCGCAAAAUUCAUACUGAAGAGAAACUGUUUGCAUGCGGUUCAUGUGAAAAAUCUUUCACAAGCAGCUGUUUACUCAAGAAACACGAGAUCAUUCACUCUAGUGUGAAGCCCUUUUCAUGCAGCUAUUGUCCCAAAUCAUUCCUCCAUGAUUAUAAGCGAAUUCAACAUGAAAGAAUACAUAAUGGAGAGAAGCCUUAUAUGUGUAGAUAUUGUGACAAGUCCUUCUCAACGCAUUCUAUUGCCAGCGACCAUGAGAAUACACAUACAGGGAAAAGACGUUACACAUGCGACGUUUGCAAUAGAAGAUUUACGCGAAAGGGUUCAUUGCACAUACAUACACGGGUUCAUACUGGAGAAAAACCUUGUAAUUGUAACAUUUGUGGAAAAGUGUUCACUUACCUUUCUUCUUUGCGAAAACAUGAACGAAUCCAUAAAAGUUAAACUAAUCACAAACCUUGAUGUGCAGCUUGAUAUCAUUAUUCGCGAACAUUAUUUUAGAUUUUUAGAACAUUUAUUUUCAAAUCUACGUUUUUUCUGGAGAUUCAGGAAUCAACAGCCAGAAUGAUUGUCCAAAUUGGUGAUAUCCUAUUUUUACCUAAUUAUUCCACUGUUCAGAAAAUGGUUUUGCUUCAAUAAAGAUAAUGUCAAAAUAACCAGAAGCAUCGAAAUAAGCCAGACGCCCCCUUACGGAUAUUCAAGUAACUAAUAGAAAGUACAUUGAAAUGUUUAUUUACAUUCGUUUUCCAUGCCUUUUAUCAAAAGUGUGAUUCUUUCCGAGUCUGAAUUAUUUCAUAAAGUAUCUUGAAUAAUUAUUAUUGUUUGAUUUUGCAUGUUGUUCAUGAAAGUUUACUCACUGCAUUUCACAGAAAUUGAUUUCGUAAAUCAGUGUAAUUAACAUAAUUUUUGAUUUGAAUUUCAGUGGUAUUUUAUUCCCAGAAGUGGAAAGUGCCAAAAGAGGUCUGGAAAAUUCAACAGUUACCUACCUACUCAACUUUGAGGACAUUUUCUCUUUAAUCAACAUGUGUAAGAUAGAUUGAUUUCAAUAAACAUAAACCUCCUAGUUUGUU